GUUCCAGAAUCAAUGAACCAGUCGCCAUGAUAAAGAACGUUUGAGAAGCUUUACAGGAUCUCUCUAUAUAUAUGAACCGAUUGCGUUGAAACUAGAAAUACCCUUUCAAUCGUCUCUGGUCAAUUUCAACAACAAAGAACGAAAAACCUAUUCCUGUUUUUAAGCUUUCAUAUUCAAGAAUGGCGAAUGAAGGACCAAAAUGGGAUGGUUUGCUUAAAUGGAGUCUAUCUCAUGCUGAUGGUACUCGCCCUCCUCGCAAUUUAAGUGAGGAUGACCGGCGAUGGUUUAUGGAAGCUAUGCAAGAACAGACUGUGGAUGUUGUUAAACGUAUGAAAGAGAUUACUAUGGUGAUGCAAACUCCAGAACAAGUUCUCGAGUCUCAAGGAAUUACUCCUGCGGAUGUAGAAGCCAUGUUGGAUGAGUUGCAAGAGCAUGUAGAGUCAAUAGACAAUGCAAAUGAUCUUAAUUCAAUAGGUGGUCUGGUUCCUCUACUUGGUUAUUUGAAGAGUUCUCAUUCUAAUAUCCGUGCAAAGGCUGCUGAUGUUGUCACCACCAUAGUUCAGAACAACCCUAAAAGCCAGCAGCUUGUGAUGGAAGCAAAUGGAAUGGAACCUCUCCUUUCAAAUCUCGCUUCAGACCCUGAUCUUACUGCUCGAACAAAAGCACUUGGAGCGAUAUCAUCAUUGAUAAGGCAUAACAAACCUGGAGUUUCUGCAUUUCGAUUAGCCAAUGGUUAUGCUUCACUUAGAGAUGCAUUGAGUUCUGAUAACGAGAGAUUUCAAAGGAAAGCAUUGAACUUGAUUCAAUACCUUCUGAACGAGAAUGGAUCAGAUCGCAAAACUGUAACUGAUCUUGGUUUUCCUCGAAUUAUGAUGCAUUUAGUUUCCACCAGUGAAGAUUUAGAGGUAAGAGAAGCUGCGUUAAGUGGGCUUCUUGAGCUUGCUCAAGGCAGUCGUCUAGCUGAAGAAGAUGGUGAAAAGCUGAAGAAGAUUCUUCAAGAAAGGAUAGAAAGAAUAGGGUUGAUGUCAGCUGAGGAUUUAGGGGCAGCUAGAGAAGAAAGACAGUUGGUGGAUACGAUAUGGAAUGAGUGUUAUAAGGAACCGUCUUCAUUAAGGGAGAAGGGGCUGCUUGUUCUCGAGGGUGAAGAUGAACCUGCACCGGAUGUUGCUAGUAAGCUCUUUGAACCUCCUUUGAGGGCAUGGGCUGCGAAUCAAUCAAGUGAAAGCAAAGAGAAGAAAGAAACGAAUGCCCCUUUAUUGCUUGGUCCAUGAAGAGAAUGCAAAUGCUGAUUGAUUCUGAUUUUGAUCUAAAUUAGUUUUUGGGUUUUUGGCAUCAGAUUGUACCUAUAGCUUACCUUCUUCUUUGAAUUGAUACUUUCAUACUAUUUAUCUGA